CAUUGCCCCGCCCCCGUGACGCUACAAGCCUUGGCCCUGCUCCAGAGCCAGCCUGCCUGCCCUAGGACAGACGCGCGACGUCCUGCGGAGGUCGCAGUUUCUGCUGCUGCGCUGCCGCAAGAGCCGGGGAAACGCUCCCCAGAGCCUCAGUCCACCCAGGCCCGCACUGGAAGGAGCCUCAUCUGUCUACCAACUCUGAGUACCUGGGAUUAGAGAUUCAGAAGCCUCAAAGAUGUCUCAUGACCCACCCCCUCCUUAUCCUGGAGGCCCCACAGCCCCGCUUCUGGAGGAGAAAAGUGGAGCCCCGCAAACCCCAGGCCGAACCUCCCCAGCUGUGAUGCAGCCCCCACCAGGCAUGUCGCUGCCUCCUCCAGACAUUGGCCCCCCACCGUAUGAGCCACCAGGUCACCCAGUGCCCCAGCCCGGCUUUAUGCCCCCACAUGUGAAUGCAGAUGGCGCCUACAUGCCUCCAGGUUUCUACCCUCCUCCAGGCCCCCAUCCAUCCAUGGGCUACUACCAGCCGGGGCCCUACCCACCAGGGUCCUACCCUGGCCCUGGGGGUCACACAGCCACAGUCCUGGUCCCUUCAGGGGCUGCCACCACGGUGACAGUGCUGCAGGGAGAGAUCUUUGAGGGUGCACCUGUGCAGACAGUGUGUCCCCAUUGCCAGCAGGCCAUCACCACCAAGAUCUCCUAUGAAAUUGGCCUGAUGAACUUCGUGCUGGGCUUCUUUUGCUGCUUCAUGGGGUGUGACCUGGGCUGCUGCUUGAUCCCGUGCCUCAUCAACGACUUCAAGGAUGUGACACACACAUGCCCCAGUUGCAAAGCCUACAUCUACACAUACAAGCGCCUGUGCUAACGGAGCUGGACUGGAUCCUACUGUCAGUCUGGCCCCCUGUGCUUUGCUCCCCACGCUCAGUGGCUCACGUCCCCAGUCCCACUUGGGGGUGGAAGCUGUUUUACCGCUCCCCUAGAAGUCUUGUCCUCUUUGCCUUGCCCUUCCCUGAGCAUCUGACUCUUACGGCAACAGUUCUGUUGGAUUUAAGGCCAAGGGUCAGCGAGUGGCAGGGAGCUAGCACUGAGCGUGUGUGUUGCUGGUUUGCUUUAAGAAGAUAAACUAGGUAGGGCCUCCCUGCUGGGGUCUCACUCCUUCAUUUUUGUAUGAGGUACAGGUUUGGUCCUGAUUAUCCUUGGGACCAAAACCAGCUAGAGCAAUGGCUAUUUUCCAGACCUGGCCCUACAAUGGGACUGCUCCUGUAGCUAGGUUCUGAUUUGUUGGGCUGGAAGUAGGGAUGUGAGCCCAAAUAGGCAGGGUCAUAUGGCCAGGGCUUAUUUCUGGGCUGCUAGAGGUAGGCAUGAUGGGCAACAGCAAUGAGACUGGCCCUCAGAAUUCUCAGGAACUCAACACCUUGUCCAAGUGCUCAGGAGCCACCUGGAAUAAGAGGUCAGCACAACUGAAGUUCAUGGGAUAAGUCACCAAGGGACUUGCCUCUGGCCCUUGUCCAGCUCCCUUUCUGGCUGUGCCUCUAUGAUUAUCUUUACGGGGGCCAAAAGGAAUGCCCAGCUAGGACCAGAGAUGGCAGAUAGGGCCCCUCCCUGUGGGUACACUAAAGAUUUACAAUGGUCUCUCUGUGGAUCCCCUCUAGUGAACACUGGGCCCUUCACCCAGGCUGACUCAGUUGCUGUUUUUGCUCCAGGCACUACAGUAGGAGCAACUGUAGCACUGGAUUGGGGACCAGGAAGGAGCAGCAGCCACAAGUGGCAGAACUACCCUGGUGGAUGCUAAUCCUGCCGUGGGCCUGAGGCCAUGCUGUCUAUUUUCUGAAUGGUUUGUCUGUGAACUUGCUCCUGUGGACCCCUGUACCCUGCUGCCACCCCUCUCUCCUGGUCUCACACUGCCACUGCAUGGCAUUUUGUCACUGUGAAUUGUGGUCAGUCUGUUUGUAGAUUCUCAUUAAAUUGGUCCUUUCAUUCCCUG